CAAUGUCGAGCAAACAAAGUACUCGUCGUCAGGCACGGUAAACAUCAACAUUUCGCGGGGCACGGAGUUAUUUACGAACUGAUCAGAGGGAGGGAGUUGAGUUUCCGAAUUGGAGUGAGCAAGCGAGGGACAGGUUAGCAUACAACCAUGGACGCGGCGAAGCUGAAGGAGCUUAAGGUGUUCGUGCAGCAGGUGGAGGCGUAUCCGGCGAUGCUGGCCACUCCGGCGCUUCGAUUCUUUCGGGACUUCCUGGAGAGGUUUGGAGCGACUCUGCCGUCAGUUGCGUAUGCGGAGGAAGCCAAAUCUGCCGGUGGUUGCGGAAAACCUGCUGGAGGCUGUUGUCCUCACCCCCAUGGUCCUGCAACGGACGAAGCAGAGAGCGAUGAUGACAUGGAGGAGAAAUCUAUGCCACCUAAGACAUAUGAAGAUGAAAAUGUCACUGAUGAUGAGUCGGAUAUUGACCUAGACACCGAGGGUGUUGUGGAACCUGACGACGAGCCUCCCCAGAAGAUGGGUGAUCAAGAUGUGGAGGUGACAGAGGAGAAGAUGGACGAGGCUCAGCUCUCGAAAGGCAAAGCAGUGGAAGCUAUGGCAGAAGGGAAGUUGGAAGAAGCUCUUGAGUAUUUUACCGAAGCUAUAAUCUGCAAUCCACAUUCAGCAAUCCUAUUCGCCAACCGAGCUGGUGUAUACGUUAAAAUGAAGAAGCCGAAUGCUGCAAUUAGAGACGCUGAUGCUGCUAUCAAGAUUAACCCAGACUCUGCAAAAGGUUACAAGUGCAGAGGUGAGGCCAAAGCAUUGUUAGGGCAAUGGGAAGAGUCGGCCAAGGAUUUACGAUUGGCAUGUCGACUUGACUAUGAUGAGGGGACUGCCCAGGUUCUUAAAAAGGUUGAGCCAAAUGCGCACAAAAUUGAAGAACACCGAAGGAAGUACGACCGUUUGCGGAAAGAGCGCAAUGAAAAAAGAGCGGCUCGGGAAAGGGAACAACGGCGUGCUGAGGCUCAGGCUGCAUAUGCCAGAGCAAAAAAAGCUGAAUCAACAGCACCUCCACGUGGCUCUGCAAGACCAGGAGGUAUGCCAGGAUUUCCAGGCGGCAUGCCUGCAGGAAUGGGCGGUAUGCCAGGCAUGGGAGGCAUGCCAGGAAUGGGCGGUAUGCCUGCAGGAAUGGGCGGUAUGCCAGGAAUGGGAGGUAUGCCUGCAGGAAUGGGCGGUAUGCCAGGAAUGGGAGGUAUGCCGGGAAUGGGAGGAGGGCCUGGGGGCAUCGACAUGAGCAAGAUUCUUAAUGACCCAGAACUUAUGGCUGCAUUUUCUGAUCCAGAAGUUAUGGCAGCUCUUCAAGAUGUGAUGAAGAAUCCUGCUAAUCUAGCCAAGCAUCAAGCGAAUCCGAAGGUCGCACCGUUAAUUGCCAAAAUGUUAGGUAAAUUUGGAGGUGGAGCUGCAAGGCAACCUUGAGGAUCUUCAUGCCUGAACACCGCUGUCUACUAGGCUAGUGAGAUGCAUUCACUGGCUGGCAGCUGCGCCUUUCCAUGCGGGUGUGGUAUUCAGUUUUGUUUCAAUGUUAAUGGUCUGACUGAUAUCUUGUGCAGUUGGGUUUACGCAAGGACCAUAGGUUUAGGUCGCUGAUACAGAAAAAAUUCAAAUUCUAUCAUCCUUGCAUAGUUCGACGAAUGUUCCGAAAAAAUCAUGGCCCAUUCUGUGGCAUCUUCUCUGGCAACUUUGUACACGUGACGUGAUGCUCCACUUUGUUACUGAAUCUGCACGUUUGAACAGUUGGUAGACCUGUCGAGCACUGGAACGGGAACGUUUACUUUAUUGAAACUGA